AUGGAGCUCAAGGAUAUCGAAGUAGAACAACACGAACGCAUUGAUAUGCCGGAGUUGACGGCCUUGCAAAAGGAAUAUCUCCUUAAGCGACAUGGCACCCUCGAGUUGGACCCUAUGCCCUCGCAAGAUCCCGCCGAUCCCCUCAACUGGCCAAGGUGGAAAACCAACGUGAACUUGACGCUGGUGUCUUUCCACGCAUUAAUGAUUGGCUUUAUGACCGGUGGGAUCAUUCCCGCAUUUCAAACCAUGGCCACAGAUUUGGGCGUCUCGUUGAAUACAACCAGCUACACUGUCUCCAUUCAGAUCUUGCUUCUUGGGCUUGCUCCUCUGUUCUGGGCUCCCCUUGCCGAGCGCUAUGGCCGGCGUCCUGUUUGGCUUGUGUCAACCCUUCUCUCUAUGGUCGCUAAUAUAGGAUGUGCUCGAUCUACAAGCUAUGGUACAUUGAUGGUUGCGCGGGUCUUUCAGUCUAUUUUUAAUGCCCCUGCCGGCGCACUAGGUACGGCUGUGGUUGCGGAAUUGUUUUUCGCGCGAGAGAGAGGAUUUAAGAUCGGGAUCUGGACAUUGAUGGUCACUCUUGGAAAUCCAGCAGGGCCUCUGGUGAUGGGAUUUGUGGCUACAAGGGUCGGAUGGCGCUGGAUAUUUUGGAUAUUUUCCGCUACAAAUGGUGUUCAAUUCCUUGGAUAUCUGUUCUUCUCCCCAGAGACCAAAUACGUCCGACGUACCAGUUACAAUGGAGAUGUGGCAGCAUCAAAACACACCUUUCGUCAAAAAUAUCUCUCGUUCGAGAAGAUCCCGGAUUCAAUGCCUUUGAAAGUCUCUCAAUUUUUCGUUCCUCUGAGGCUCCUUGGGAGACUCUCCGUUUCAAUUUCGACACUUGCACAUAGCGUCAUCUUCGGAUUCUGUAGCGUCCUGAUCUGUGUCGAGAUUCCAGCGCUAUUAGGUGUGAAGUUUGGGUUGAAUGCAGAACAGAUCGGUCUCAAUUUUAUCGCUAACGUUAUUGGAGGAGUAAUAGGGGAGCAGCUAAGCGGUCCUUUCAGUGACUAUAUCCGCAACCGUCGUCUACGCAAAAACCCCCAUCACCAAACACCUGUUCCAGAAAGUCGUCUGUGGUUUUCUCAUCCGGCGUACAUUUUGUGUAUUGUUGGUUUUGUUGUAUUCCUUGUCACUUUGGACAAUGCGACUCAGAAUCAAUGGACUGUCGCCCCAGCUAUCGGACUCGCAAUUUGCGCAGCUGGAAACCAGAUGCAGACGACUUCUCUGUUCACUUAUGCUGUUGACAGGAACCUGGCAGAUUCUGGUGGAGUUGGCGUUUCAAUUAUCCUUGUUAGACAGAUCUGGUCAUUUAUUGGUCCUUUCUGGUUCCCAUACAUGUUUGACUCCAUUGGACUUCGUGGUAGUGCUGCGCUCUGCUCAGCGCUUAUGGUUAUGUUCGCCAUGCUUCCAACGGCUCUGCAACAGUUCUAUUUUGGGCCAAGGAAAUACAAUAUGGGAAACGGAAAUUAG